AUCAGACUGAGAUACAGUUUAUAAAUCAAGUCAGACUGUAAGUUUACUGUAUUCUCCAGAAGACCAAAAUACAGCAACAAAAACCAGCAUGCUGGGCUCAAUAAUAUCUGUUGUGAUCCUCUUGGUUCUGACAGGCCAGGACAGAAUCGUUGGUGGACUGGAGCAAAAAGCUCAUGACUAUACUAAAUAUCACAACAUGGAUGAGAUAUCAGCCUGGAUGAGCCAGAUCCAGAAAGAAAAUCCAGAGGUUGUAUCCAGUUUGAUAUAUGGGAAAACAUAUGAGAACAGGAGCAUUGCAUUACUGAAGAUUGGCUUCAGCAGUACCACACCAAAGAAAGCUGUCUGGAUGGACUGUGGGAUUCACGCUAGAGAGUGGAUCGCCCCAGCGUUCUGUCAACAUUUUGUUAAAGAGAUUCUGGGCUCCUACAAAACAGACCCAAAGAUGAACUUGUUGUUUAAAAAUCUGGACUUUUACAUCACCCCUGUGCUAAACAUUGAUGGAUAUGUUUAUUCCUGGAAGGAUAACACAACACGACUGUGGAGGAAGUCCAGGUCGCCGGGCACUGGAAACUGUAAAUGCUUUGGCACGGAUCUCAAUCGCAACUUUUACGCUAACUGGGGGAUGGUCGGGAUCUCCAGGGACUGUUGCUCAGAGAUCUAUAAUGGUCAUACCCCUCUAUCUGAACCUGAGGCCGGCGCCGUCACUGAAUUUUUGGCAGCGCGUCAAAACACAAUUCUCUGCUAUCUCACAAUUCAUUCUUAUGGACAGCUGAUCCUCGUCCCCUACGGACACCCAAACAUCUCAGCCCCCAAUUACAAUGAACUUAUGGAAGUAGGUCUUGCGGCAGCUAAAGCUAUCAAAGCAGUUCAUGGGAAGGACUACAAAGUGGGCUCUUCUCCUGAUGUGCUAUACCCAAAUUCUGGUUCAUCGCGUGAUUUUGCAAGACUCAUUGGGAUCCCCUACUCCUUUACAUUUGAGUUACGAGAUGAAGGAGAACACGGCUUCAUUUUACCAGAGGAUCAAAUUCAACCCACGUGUCAAGAGGCUUACCAGGGUGCAAUGUCCAUCAUAAACUAUGUGCAUGAUAAGACAUUUAGAGUUAGCUCAGCAAAUACAGUAACAGCCACAUUACUGUACAUGUGGACAACACUGGUGGUUUUAGGGAUUUCAAGCACCAACAUGUUUUAAAA